GCAAGCACUGUUUGGUACCAGAUGGCAAGAACCCGGAUCUACUUAAAGCUAGAGAUCCAUAUGCAUUGGGACCGCCAGUUGGGGGUGGAGGAACACUUCAACUAUUCCUUGUUUUAAGUGUAAUUUAACUAUCGAUAGCUGUAAAAAGUCGGCGUUAACAGGAUCGGCGAUCGAAACAAUUGAAAGGAAGGGAAUAAAUUGAGCGCAAUGCAGCUGAGAAAGCGCCAAACGCUGCCGAGAGUUUACUCGCUGGCCUUUCUGUUUCUGAUCGGCAUUGAACAAUGUGAUGGACUGACCAAGAGAUGGCUUCCCAACACGAAUUUUGGAAACCCCCAAAACUGGAACCUGGGCCGUCUACCCUGCGCCAACGACGUCAUAAGCCUACAGUCAGCAAACUCUGCCUCGGUCUUUGUUCAAACAAACGCAACAACUAUAAAGGAAUUGCGUUUACCUACUGACGGAGAGAUUGUAUUUGCUGAUGGCAUUGUAUUGGCUUUUGGAGAAGACACCAGUGCACCUGCUACUUGUGGCCAAGACAUAUCCUUUUCCCGCACCGAUGCCAAACAAUGGUUAGAUGGAGACAACUGGUGUGUGAGUGAUGAAAUUGGGCAAUGCACAGAGGCAAAAUCACAAUUGACCCUUCUCGAUUCAGAGAAAAUUCCAUGUCAAUCAGACCAUGCUAUUUUCCCAACACAAAGUACCUUCUUAGUGGAUAUGGAUUCUGGAUUACAAUUGUUUGUUGGUAGUUUGACAAUUGCCGGUCAGUCCUAUUCCACAGCAGAUUUCAACACCUUUGUGACAAGUGAUUCUGGAAGAAAACAGUUUGUUUCGGAUGAUGAGGGCACCAUGUCCCAUUUGACUAUAAAAAACCAGCAAUGUUCCGAUAUUGCAGGCUGCAUGUGUGGAAAUGACAAAGGAGAGAUACUGGAGAAGAUUUGUGAUCUUAAACGACGUCAGUGUCAAUAUCUGAAUUGCACAAAUUCAUUCGAACCCGUUGGAAGUUGUUGCCAUAUAUGUGGUGCCAUGGCAGUAAUGAACUAUGGGGCCCGGUUUAAAAUGUCCAUCCUUCAGAAUAUGAUCCAAGACAAAUAUUUAAAUGGAAAGACUGCACAGACUGUAUCUGUGUCCAGACGCUUUGACGACAAAAUCCAAGUGGUGUUCAGGGACAGUGUUGAUGGGACCAAAGCAGCAGACAUUGCAGCAACAUUCCAAAGGGACAUCCUCAAAGAUAUUGAAACUGGCAGUCUGAAGUAUGGUAUUAUUGAUAUCAAUGUGACCAGGAGUGGAGAAGUAGCCCCCACCAGUGCUUCACAGAAGGGGUCAGGAUCUGGGUCAGGGAAUGGGUUGAGUGGAGGUAGUGUGGUCGGCAUUGUGUUAGCUUUAAUCCUUCUGGUGGUAUGUGUGUGCUUAGUGGUCGGAUACUUUUGGAGAAAACGCAAGAAUGGACAAGGGGCAACUUUUAGCAUAUUUUCCAACAAGGAGAAAAAUGGUGACAUGGAGCUUGGAGCCUCAGUCAGCUACACUGACAUUGACAUUAAUGGGGAUGGGACAUUAAGAGGCUUUGAUAAUCCCAUGUAUGACAGCCCCAUUAAGGAUGCCAAUUUCUUUGCAAACCCAGCCCAAAUUGAUCCAGAGGUGAAGUUUAACCCAGUAUACUCUCCAGAAGGAAUUGAAGAAGACAGCUCCAUUUAAAUGAGCAGCUCACACAUACAGUAAUUGUUAAAACUGCUAUUGAUAGUUGAUCAAACAUACUUUUUGUUUUAUAACAUACACUAUGUAUGUCUUCUAAUUUACCUUAACAGAGAUACAGCAAUGUGUUACAAAAUUAAUGAGUGAUAAUAAUUAAUAGUUUACAUACACUGCAUAAUUUUCAAGGAAUCUGCACAAAUACAUAUACUGAUUUAUCAAGUAAGACUUAAGUUUUAAGUUGCUGAUAUACAAUGAGGCACGACUGUACAAGGAAUGA